CGUUGCUAUUCAAGAAUCGAUAUUGUAUAUCACGUAAUUGUAAAGUCACGAUAAAAAAUAUUAUACCUUAGAUUGUGUCAUGGUUUAUGAGGAUCCAACAUUUUACAUUCAGGGAGGAGAUGUGGGAUUUGCUUACAGACAGAAAAACAUUUUUGACAGAUUGACAGUGGAAGAGAAGAACAGGAAUGAACGACAAGAAGAAUCAGAAGACCGUAGUCAGGAUAACAACACUCAGCCUACAAGGAACACCGUACCAUCCCGUAAAAGAUGCAGGUCUGAGAUGAAGCAGUAUAGAGGCAAAGAAAGCAUUUUCAAAAGGCCAGAUGCACCUCCUCCUCGUUUUAACAACAAAAAUAUUCCAGACUAUCGCAGAAAUCCACAUAAAUGGAUUAAGUAUAGCUUAGGGGAUGUAUCUCAGGAGGAUAUGUCUGAUCGAAGUAACACAGCAGCAGCUUUAUCAUUUCUGAAAGAAAUGCAGGAACGUAAGAGGCACGAAGAAAUGGAAGUCGAUGACAGUGAACCAAAUCAGACCCCUUUCAAGCAACCAGUGAACAAUGGCAGAACCGUUUUUCAGCGUGGCACACGUCUUUGUAUUUUCAGUGGCAUGGCAAGUGGAGAAAAUGCAACUGAUGAUGAUGCAAAAGCAUGUUUCCGAAGUUCGAAACUAAUAAUGCCAGAGUAUAUUGUUGGAGUGACCAAGAAGAAGGACAAGAAAAAGCAUGAGAAACUUAAUCACCUUCCUCGGAAUGAAAGUAUUGCAUCAACAAUAAAACUGCAACAUUUGACAGAAGAGGAUAAUGGUGAAUAGGUCACAGGUGCAAUUUGCAUCAUGGAGGGGCAUAGAUGUUUGACAUUAAGAAGAAUUAUGCUGCUGAGAAGGGAGAACUUGUAUAUACUAGAAGUAUAAGGACACCCUGAAUAUUUCUGUUAUGCUUUCAAUGUAAUCAUGUAUCAUACCACUUUACUGUCAUCUGAGGUAGUUAUUUAAGAGUUCUCAUAUGUUCAUCAAUGUGAGCAGAGCACAUUAUAAUAAAAUUGCAAUGAUAAAUCCACGUGUAGACCUAUGUAUAAAAACACUGCACUAGAAAAUACAUGGACAAUAUUUGAAAACUG